UGAUAAAACUUAUCAGUGGCCGCUCACUUAUCGAGCGCAAGAGCGGCAGUAGACAAUAUGUGUUGACAAUGGGCAACACGAACAGCUCCCAUAAGGUUUCCGCUCAAGAUAGGGCCAUUCUCGAUCUGAAAAUACAGCGAGAUAAGCUCCGUCAGUAUCGGAAGCGUAUUACGGUUCUCACCGAUCGCGAAACUGAGAUUGCAAAGGAAUGCCUUGCUCAAGAUGAUCGCAAGCGCGCUCUCCUCGCUUUGCGCCGUAAGAAAUACCAAGAGUCACUUCUGAUCAGAUCCGAAAAGGAGCUUGAUCAACUGGAACAACUGAUCAACCAAGUCGAGUUCUCACUCGUCCAAAAGGAUGUCCUGUUUGGUUUACAGCAGGGCACGCACGUACUACAAGCUAUCAACAAAGAAAUGGGGGGUAUCGAAAGUAUUGAGAAAUUAAUGGGCGAGUCGGAGGAAGCGCGAGCUUAUCAGGAGGAGAUCAGCCAGAUGCUCUCCGGGAAUUUAUCAAACCAGGACGAAGAUGAAGUCGAGGAUGAGUUGGUUGCAUUAGAGCGAGAAGCGCAGGGACUGCAGAACUUGCCAGCUGCUCCAAAGUCCAAGCUCCCAGGAAGGCCAAACCAGGAGGGACAGAGGACACAAGAUCAAGAAGACAAACACCGGACAGCAGACAGGAACAAGGAACAAUCCGCAAUCCCGGCUUGAAAGAUGAUUUCAUGCCACCAUGCACCUUCUACAAACUGGAGACAUGCGUUGAAGAGUUGGAAGCAUUUCUGGCGUUGGUGGAACAUUCGGAUUCAUGCAAUUCACUACGUCUCUGGUUAUCUUGCGUUGCCAAUUAUAGAGCUAAAUUUGAGAUGGAAUAGCGCUUUGAGCCCGACUCUGAUUACGAAAAGUUUCCGCGUCUCUUUCUUCACCGUGCUUUGUAGGGGCAGAACGUCUUUCGCUUAACAUGUAUAUCACCAUGUCUCUCGCUUAAAGUAGUAUUUUCCCCGGACGAAUCAUACAAGGGUCAUGUAACUCACUGGCCGGGCAUAAUCCUACCUCCCACGUCAUUUACGCCUUGAAUCACGACGUGGUCACUGGGGUUCGCUGCUGCUUCGUAGAGAAAGCUGACAGGCUCUCGGUUCAAAGCCAUAAACUGACCCUUGAAUCCAACAUAACCAACCUUGGUCACAUCCUCCUCCCCAUCACUCCAGUUGUCUUCGAAGAAUAGGGUGAUGGA